AUGGCCCAACUAGCUAGGACCAGUAGAAGAGAUGAGGAAGUUUUUGGGAAAGUGAAUGUUAAGCAACCGGAAGUCGAAGUAGAAGAAACACCCCCUAAUGUGGCCAACGAGUUUAAUCCAAAUGAGAUUGUGCGUGAUCCAGGAUGUAGGAAACAAAUUCAUGUGUAUGCUUCGGAUAUUCAAGACCAAGUGAGGAGGGCAUAUAUAUUGAAGGGUCCAACGCAACCUGAUUUAGCAAGAUUUCCUCGUACUCCAUUUGGGAAGUAUUCAAGAGCAUUUUGUAAAGCAUGGUAUAAGAAUUAUACAUGGAUUGAAUACAGUGAGUCGAAGGAUGCAACUUAUUGUUUCUAUUGCUUUCUCUUUAAGCCGCCCGGGAGGGCCGAACACUUUGGUUAUGAAGUCUUCAACAAAGACGGAUUUAAAGAUUGGAAGCAUGCAUCUAAAGGCUUUAAAGAUCAUAUUGGUAGUCAUGAUAGUAAGCACAACUCAUGUGUGAAGCACUAUGAUGAUUAUAAUAAUCAAAGACAAAGUGUGACAAGUAUCUUUGCUAGAGCAACUAGGGAAUCAGAAGAAUUGUAUAAGAUCCGUUUAACUUGUUCUUUAGAUUGUACUAGAUAUCUCAUAGCACAAGGCAUUUCUUUUCGUGGCCAUGAUGAAAGCUCUACUUCUCUAAACAAGGGAAAUUUUAGAGAGAUGGUGGAUUGGAUAAAAUCUAAUGAUGAAAAAGUAAGAGAUGCUUUUGAUCGUGGUCCAAAAAAUUGCACUAUGACUUCCGGUGACAUUCAAAAGGAGCUUGCAACGUGUUGUGCACAUGAAGUUACCAAGGUGAUUAUGGAAGAGCUUGGUGAUAGACAAUUCUCUGUGCUUAUUGAUGAGUCACGUGAUAUAUCUGUCAAAGAACAAAUGGCGGUGAUGUUGAGGUUCUUGAACGAUAAAGGGAAAGUUGUGGAACGAUUUAUUUCUCUACAUCAUGUCAAAUAUACUACAUCUGAGGCACUAAAGGAUGCUCUUUAUGGUAUUCUCGAUCGUCAUACGUUAUCUAUUUCAAGGAUACGAGGGCAAGGAUAUGAUGGGGCUUCAAAUAUGAGAGGUGAUUUUAAUGGUUUACAAAGAAAGAUUCUAGAUGAAAAUCCUUAUGCUUUCUAUGUCCAUUAUUAUGCUCACCGUUUGCAAUUGGUGGUUGUGUCCGUUGCUAGUAGUUGCUCAUCUAUUCAUGAUUUCUUUGAGUACAUCUCCUUGAUUGUAACCACAACAAGUGCAUCUUGCAAGAGAAAGGAUGCUUUGAAGGAGGCACAGCACCAAGAUAUUUUGAAUAAACUUGAGAGUGGUGAGAUAUCUCAAGGAAAGGGCUUGCACCAAUCAUCUAGUCUCGCUAGACCCGGAGAUACUAUAUGGGGUUCACAUUAUACUACCUUGAUUCAUUUGUAUCAGACGUGGUCCUCCGUGUUAGAGGUGCUUAGUAUUGAUGAAGAUGGACGUGGACCAUCUCAAGCGGUGGUUGAUGAUGUUAAAGCUCGAUUGGCUAUACUGAGAGAGAGUGGUUGGAAUGAUUUAUUUAGUGAUGUCCAAGAAUUUUGUUUGGCUCAAAGUAUUCCGGUGCCAAAUAUGGAUGAAGAAAUACCGGUUCGGGGACGUUCAAGAAAAGAAGGGAGGACUGUCACUAAUCUUCACCAUUACCGUGCAGAGAUUUUUAUGUUGCUAUUGACAAAAUAUGUGUGGAGAUGGAUCACCGACUUUUCUGAUGAUGAUCGUGGAACAAUAAGGGAGCAACUUGAGACUUAUGUACAUCAAGUAAAAAGGCAUGCUUCUUUUACUUCUUGUGAAGAUGUUCAAAGUUUGGCUAUGAAGAUGGUUCAAACUGAGAAAUAUUUGCAUCCGUUGAAAGAGCUUUUUCAGCAAUGA